AUGGCGGUCACGCCCGCUAAGAUUUCAGAGAACCCUGUGCCUGUGUGCCCGCUGUGUGAGAAGCAGAAACUGCGAUUCUCCAAGGUCACAGGUAGCUACAGCUGUCCGGGCUUCUUUGACGAUGAAUCCAAGUCCUUCAAGAGAUGCAAGGGACCUGGAGAUGACACCCAGCUUGCAGGGAGCUAA